GCUAAAAAAACUGAUUUGUCUUCCAGUGGAAGACAAACUGCAACGGUGGAAGAGCUUUUAUACUGAGUUCCUCCUGCAACCGGAAUUAAUCCAAACACCGGAACACAAUGACCGGCGAAACAAAAUUCAGUGUAUUGGUAAGUCUCUUCGAAUGGAUUCAAAAGACUAAAAACUCGGCCAAGAAACGCUCCAAGUUCCGCAAAUUUCUCGACACUUUCUGCAAGUCCGAUGACUAUUUCAGCGCAAUCCGACUCAUACUUCCGAGCCUUGAUCGGGAGAGAGGAUCCUACGGACUCAAAGAGUCAGUCCUCGCCACUUCGCUCGUCGAUGCUCUCAGCAUGUCUCGCGAAUCACCUGACGCUGUUCGCCUCUUCAAUUGGCGUAAAGGCGGCCCUAAAACUGGCUCUAACGCCGGUAAUUUUCCUCUCGUCGCCUUUGAAGUGCUACAGCGUAGGCAAGGAUUGUCAUCAGGUGGACUAACUAUUAAGGAAUUAAAUGAAUUGCUUGAUAGCUUGGCUUCUAGUGAGAACAGGGCAGAAAAAGUUUCGGUUCUUUCUACUCUGAUAAAUAAGACAAAUGCUCAGGAAAUGAAGUGGAUAAUUAUGAUUAUUCUGAAAGAUUUGAAAUUGGGGAUUAGUGAGAAAAGUAUAUUUAAGGAGUUUCAUCCUGAUGCUGAAGACUUGUUUAAUGUUACAUGUGACUUGAAAUUGGUUUGUGAGAAGCUAAAGGAUCGAAGCCAGAGGCAUAAACGACAGGACAUUGAGGUGGGAAAGGCUGUGCGCCCUCAGCUAGCAAUGCGAGUUAGUGAUGCAAAUUCUGCAUGGAAAAAGCUUCACGGCAAGGAAGUAGUCGUAGAAUGUAAAUUUGAUGGAGAUCGCAUUCAAAUACAUAAGAAUGGGGCGGACGUGCAUUACUUUUCAAGGAACUUUCUUGAUCACUCUGAAUAUGGACAUGGAAUGUCAGACAUUAUAAUUCAAAGUGUUCUUGCUGAUAAGUGUAUACUUGAUGGUGAAAUGUUGGUCUGGGAUCCUUCUUUGAAUCGUUUUGCCGAAUUUGGGUCAAAUCAGGAAAUAGCAAAGGCAGCAAAAGAUGGACUUGACAGCGGAAGACAGCUGUGCUAUGUUGCUUUUGAUAUCCUUUAUGUUGGAGAUACCAGUGUCAUUCAUCAAAGCUUAAGGGAAAGACAAGAUCUUCUCAGGAAAUUUGUGAGGCCUAUUAAGGGACGUUUAGAGAUUCUGGUACCUGAUGGGGGUCUCAAUGACCACCGCCUUCCUGGGGAACCGCCUUGUUCGCUGGUUGCUUAUAAUGUGAAUGACGUUAAGAGAUUUUUUGAGGAAACUGUAAAGAACAGGGAUGAAGGGAUCAUUCUAAAGGACCUUGCAUCAAAGUGGGACCCAAGUGAUCGAAGUGGAAAGUGGUUGAAACUGAAGCCUGAGUAUAUCCAGGCUGCUUCGGACUUGGAUGUUCUUAUCAUUGGAGGAUACUAUGGCUCUGGACGUCGUGGAGGAGAGGUGGCUCAGUUCUUGGUUGGUCUAGCAGAGCGUCCAGCCCCAGAUACAUACCCUAAGCGAUUCAUCUCUUUUUGCAGAGUGGGUACUGGACUAACUGAUGAUGAGCUAGCUGCUGUUGUGUCCAAAUUGAAGCCUUAUUUUAGGAAAUAUGAAUACCCGAAAAUGGCACCGCCAAGUUUCUAUCAAGUUACGAAUAACUCAAAAGAGAGACCAGAUGUGUGGAUUGAAAGCCCUGACAAAUCUAUUAUAGUAUCCAUUACCAGUGAUAUUCGAACUAUAAGUUCUGAGGUAUUUGCUGCACCAUAUAGCCUUAGAUUUCCUCGUAUUGACAGAGUGAGAUAUGACAAGCCCUGGCAUGAGUGCCUGGAUGUACAGUCAUUCGUUGAACUUGUACUCACAAGUAAUGGUACCACGCAAAAGACGAAAGAUAACGAAGUUUUGCAAGACCGCAAACUAGCAAGUGUGAAAUCGUCCAGAAAAGGAGGAAGAAAGAAUCUCUCUGCUGUUCCUUCUCAUUUCAUUGAGACUGAUGUCUCCAAUGUUAAGGGAGAUACUUUGAUAUUUUCAAAACUGAUGUUCUAUUUUGUUAACGUGCCUCCAACCCAGUCUCUUGAGUCCUUCCAUAAAAUGGUUGCUGAGAAUGGGGGAACCUUUUCAAUGAAUCUAAAUAAAUCAGUUACCCACUGUGUAGCAGCUGAAAGCAAGGGGAUAAAAUAUCAGGCAGCAAAGCUUCAUGGAGAUAUCAUUCAUUUUUCUUGGGUUUUGGAUUGUUGUUCACAAAGAAAACUUCUCCCUUUACAGCCGAAGUACUUCCUUUUUCUUUCUGACUCUACAAAGAGGAAGUUACAGGAAGAAAUUGAUGAAUAUUCCGAUUCUUAUUAUUGGGAUAUCGAUCUUGCAGACAUGAAACAGCUUUUGGAAAGCAUAAAUAUUUCAGAAAAUUCUCACAGCAUUGCCUACUUGAAGAGAAAGUAUGUUUCAGAAGAUAAAUGGUCUCUUUUUUAUGGCUGCUCUGUGUACUUCUACCUUUCAGCAGAAUCAGUUUUAAGAUCUUCUGAUUGGCAAUCCUUAUUCGGGAUCAAACUUAAGAGAUUUAAGCUUGAAGUCAUGAUGGGCGGUGGCCAAGUGACCAAUAAUCUUGUUAAUGCUACCCAUUUGGUGGUCCUGACUGUUCCAGGAGCCAAUGUGGAUUUUGACUAUCUUACAAAGAGUUUCACAGUUUCAGAGAAACAUCUACUCCGAAAUAAGAAGUUACAUGUAAUUGGAUACCGAUGGUUGGAGGAUUCUUUGGAGAAGCAGAAAAAGUUGCAAGAGGAUGCAUUUAGCUUGAAGCCCUUUGGAUUGCAAGAGUCAAAUAUUGAAGAUUGGAAAUGCAACCUGGACAUGGAAGAUGCCUCUGGAAAUGUUCAUGUAAUAGGAAACCAGGAACAUUCACCAUCUAGUGGCAGCAAGAAGAAAGACACGGGAGACAGAAGUGUUGAACAAGAUACAAUAUUGUCUUCUCCAAAGAGAGAUGCAAAAAGGAAAAGAGGGAGACCUGCCAGCAAGAAUACGAAGAAAGCGAAAGUAGGCCCUAGCAGAGCUCGAAGAACACAGGCACGUGUGCGAAAGCCAGUUAAAAUCUGUGACGACGUAUCAGACGGAAGUAGUUCAUCUGACAACAAGGAAAAUGAAGAAAUCCAUAUAGAAAAGGGAAGAUCCGACAUUAAAGAGAGUGGAGUAGAAUGUUUCGGUUCAUCGCCCAUACACAAUAUAGCCGAAGAAGAGGCGAUUGAAGGUAAUAAGCAGGAAGAGUGUAUUGAUAAAGCUUCAUGUUCUGAAACUGUCGAGAGGCAUCAAGAAAGAGAUGAUCGAUCAGGUAAAACUCCUUACAGUGAAACAGGUGGAAGGUAUGAUGUAGAGGAUAAAUUAGAGGUUAUGGUGGAUCCAGUUCAGGCAAUGUUGAUAGACAUGAUUCCGAGCCUGUCAAUGAAGAAGAAUGUGGAAAUCUCAAGUCAAAUUUUGAAUAGUGAAAAGCCGUCUGAAGAACCUAAUAUGCAGUCUCAGUCUGUGAAGAAAAAGAAAGUCAGCUACAAGGAUCUUGCUAAUCAACUUCUCAAGGAGUGAUAUAAUUUAGUUGACAUCAAUUAUAACUAUGAUAGUAUUGGCUUUGUUCAUGAAUGGCGUGAUGUAUUAGUAAAAUAACCAAUAAUUCGGGUUUCGACAAAAAAAAAAUUUGGUAAAUUUAUAUUAUAUAAUAUUAAUUGGAUGAAUAUGUAACAAAGAUAAA